CUCACUCAUAGUGAAACAAGCAAGCGAAGAGAGCAACUCGAGGAAAGCUAAGCACAAAGCGAAUUUCAAUUCAACCAAGCGAAAUACCACAUAAUUUGUGAGAAAUGGCACUUCUACCGUACUUGUUGGACUACGACAUCCGCCCGCGGCGUACUCGCGACUUCUUCGGACUUGGAGGCUUCGAUCUUGAGGACCUUCUGUUGGACCGUCCGCAGCUGCGACCGCGGCGCCGCCUGGGGCACCCCGCCUUGAGAUCCUUAACCUCCCUGACGCUACCAGACGUGGGCUCCACCAUCAAAGCCGACAAAGACAAGUUCCAAGUCAACUUGGACGUGCAGCAUUUUGCUCCGGAAGAGAUCACCGUGAAGACAGUUGACGGCUGCGUCGUGGUCGAGGGGAAGCAUGAAGAGAAGGAGGAUGACCAUGGCUACGUCUCCAGGUCUUUCAAGCGUCGGUACACCCUGCCUGAAGACUGCAACCCUGAGGCGGUAGAGUCCAAGCUGUCUACUGAUGGGGUGUUGACGAUUCUGGCGCCUAAAGCUUCAACUGGUAAAGGAGAGCGGGCAGUGCCCAUCACCCACACGGGCCCUGUGAGGAGGAAGCAGGUGGAAGACCAGGAAGUGGAAGAUCAGACCAAUGGAGACGCCGAGGAGGAUGUGAAGACGCCGCAACAGAAACGCAGGAAACGUUAGGUUUUGUUUGUGUUUAAUGUGUUAGUUUGUAAGUUUCCAGGUAUUAAGUUUCUAGGUUAAAAUCUAGUAAGAAUAAGAC